CUCAGUGACUGUGAGUCAGUGUUGGGUCUGAAAGCAGGAUGGCUGCAGCAAAGGUUGCAUUGUUGCUGCUGUUAGCAGCGAUCGGCUGCAAUGCAGCACCGGCUCCAGAGGCGUGCCAGCGUCUGGCCAAACGGCUGCCCACCAAAAAUCUGCAUGAGAUUUUCGGUGAAUGGGUUCUGGUCUGGUCCGUCUCUGACUUCCACGUUGGCCAAGAUUUACUGAGGAACUUGACCAGCUCCCACGUUGAGUUCAAACUCCAUGCUGACAACAAAACAAUCGAGUACAACGAGAAGAACACAUUCUCCAAUUCCUGCACCUCCUACUUUAUCAACUUGACGGCUCCCUCUGACGACGCUGAACACCACACAUGGACGAUUCAUUCAAUCAGAUUGGAGAAGAACGGAGUGGAGGUCGAAUAUAACGACACCGGGGAUGUUGAAUUCUACGAGAGCUGCGACGACUGUUUGCUGAUGACCUACAAAAGCUCACGAAUGAAAUUCCUGCUUAGCUACAGGAAGGAGGGUUCGCACCGGGAUGUGGAGCAACACAAAGUCGCCCACGAUGACAAUAAGAAACUGGCCGAGUGUCUGGGAGUCCCACAUGACAAACCAUUCAUCUACGACGGAGUGACAGAUUUCUGCCACAAGAAGUCCGCUCCAGAAUCAAAUGCCGGCCAGUGUAUACAAGAAUCAAUAAAAACACCAAACCAGGUCCUGACACUUUCAGGAUACAAACAGGAAGCAAUAAAAUCUGAGAUGAGUAAAUUUUACCUUUGGCCAGUUCAGGCCCAGAACCAGUAUAAACCAAACGGUCGUUUUCCAGUUAGUUCCUCCCCUGACAGAGUGCGGUGCGUUUGUGUUUUUAUUCAAUCUCAGAUCAGGAUGACUGUAGCAAAGGUUGCAUUGCUGCUGCUGCUAGCCGUGAUCGGCUCCACUGCAGCUCCGUCUGCAGAAGAGUGUCAGGUUGUGACCAAACGGCUGCCCAGAGAAGAUCUGCACAAGAAUAACGGUGACUGGGUUCUGGUCUGGUCCGUGUCUGACAAUGAGUUCAUCCAGUUCAUGCUGGAACGAAUCUCCACCUCUCACCUGGAGUUCCAGCUGCAGCCUGACAACACAACAGUCAAGUUAACCGUGAGGAACAUUUACCUUCAUGACAGCUCCUGCACUGUCUACUUCAUCAACAUAACGGUUCCCACAGACAAUGCUGAAAACAGCACUGUACAUAAGAGAAUGGAGAAGUACGGAGACGUGGUGGAGCAAACUGUGACUGCUGACGUGAUUUUCUAUGAAACCUGCUCCGACUGCAUGUUGCUGACCUACCAAACAAGAAAGUACCGACUGCUGUUCAGCUACAAGAAGGAAGGUUCCCACCGGGACAUGGAGCCGAAUAAAGCAGCCAAUAAUGAUAGAAAACUGGCUGAAUGUCUGGGAUUCCCUGUUGAAAAGCAGUACUAUUACGACGGAGUUGCAGAUAUCUGUCCCAAGGAAUCCGCUCCAGAACAGCCCUGAGUGGAAACGAGGAGAAAUCAACUUCAGGAAGACUUUAAAGAUUAAUUAAAUGCAUAAAAACAGU